CUUUCAGCAUCUGCUCCAGACGCUCCUCGGCCCCGGGACCAAUCUGAGGGCAGACCUAGGACGCCGCGCACAUCAUCCAUCCCUAUCCCAUCACUCAUGAACCAAGCACAAUGGCUUCAGCCUCGCGUGUCUGGCCGCCCUUACCCUCCAACGAUUAUUUCCGCCUGUUCAUUCUCGAGCCUAGCACAAGUCAUCGAGCGCCGCUAAGUGGCCGAUUAGAAGUUUAUCCGAUUUCAAGAUGUCCUCACUAUCUGGCUUUGUCUCAUGCGUGGGGGGCUGCCAAUGACAUGGCUCCAGUCUUCAUUGGUGGUAAACGGCACCAGAUCACCACGUCUCUCCAAGUCAACAUCCGAUAUCUUCGACGCUCCAAUCACACUCGCGCUCUGUGGUGUGACUCAAUCUGUAUCAACCAGUUCGAUGGCGUGGAAAAGGCAAAUCAGAUCCAAGUCAUGCAUGCAGUCUUUGCGAAUGCAGACAGCGUCAAUGUCUGUCUUUCCUCUGACUCUGACACCGUCCUAAGAUCUCUUGAGAUCAUUCAAGCAGCCGACAAGGUCAGUGACCUCCGUCGAACCGAGAUCGAUGGCAAGCUCUUUGGCGAGCAGCACGUCCAAACUCUAUCAACCUUGGCCCGGGAGCCAUGGUGGUACCGCCUAUGGGUCAUACAAGAAUUCACCCUGGGCAAGUAUGUCACAUUUCAAGCUUCAAACCAAUCAGUCGACUAUUACACCAUUUUGAGCUUCGCCAAGAAGUGGAACGCCUACGUCAAAAGCACCGCCGGUACCAAGAGCUGGUUUCUUGAAGACGGCGAGGUCAAGCUGGACCUCGUCAUGUCUCGGAUCGAGAGGAUGCAGGUUCUGCGUUCGACCUUUGGUCCCAUCGCGGGCGAAAAUCGCCCCCGUCGAGAUCGUCGCGUCAGCGAGUUCUUUCGCAUUCUGAGCGAUUCCCGCGACCGCCAGGUCACCGACCCCCGAGACCGAGUUUAUGGCCUGUUGGCCUUGUUGGACUUGACCUUUGGCCGAGACUUUUCCAUCCGGCCCGACUAUACUCUCCAUCCUGGUGUCAUUUAUACCCAAUUCGCAUUCGAGUACAUGAGAGCCUCACGUUCCCUGCUUCUGCUCCAACAAACCUGUCAAUCCGUCAACAGCAUCACCUCCAUUCCCUCGUGGGUGCCUGAUUGGACAAGCCCAUAUGACUUUGGCACAGAGAGAUCCAGGGUCAUGCUUUCUCGCGACCGGCCUUUUCGUGCAUCGGGCAAGAAAGAAUUCGAUGCCUCACUGAUCCAUGAACAUUCACUCGUCUGCAGCGCCUACAUGUUCGACACCGUGGACAUUCUAGGCAAUAUCAAUGAGAUGACAUUCUAUACCACGGAUUUCCUGCCCACUCUCGCCGUCAUCGAAGACUGGGAAGGCUUGUGUGAGGAUGUUCUGGGUCCGCUCAACCGAACCCGGUAUGCGACUGGGCUGGAGACGGUGGGUGCGGCCUUCUGGCGAACCAUCGUCACCGAUCGCAUGUCGCCCGAGUUUCAGACCCGACCGACAAAGCUGUCUUCGGCUCUGAAAGACGAGUUACGGAAACACGAGCAAGUAUACCCCAAAACAAGACUCUUUACCUCGGAAACAACGGCAAUGCGUAACUCGGUUGGUAAACGACGUCUCAUCUUUACACGACAAGGAUAUAUCGCCCUUGCCCCUCCAGAUACAGAAUCUGGCGACUGCAUAUUUAUGUUGGCAGGAGGUAACGUUGCUUAUGUACUGAGAGAGCUGUCCCAGCAACAGCCUAUCGAUGUGCAUGAGGAUGAUGAUGUUGAUGGUGAUGCGGUGAUGUUGAACCAUGAGUCUCUUCGAUAUUGCUAUAUUGGAGAUUGUUACGUUCACGGCAUCAUGUAUGGAGAAGCCACGGAGAACCUGCACGACGGCGAUUGGAGGAGGAUAUAUAUUGAUUGAGAUGAGAUCAUGACUGGAUAGAGCAAGCCGGAUGUUGUGAACGACGCGAAUGACGACGACCACGACGAACAUGAUGAUGACUACUACUAUGACGACGAUGAAGGAUGAAGAGAAU